AUGCUAUACGAAAUCCUCUACUGGCUCUACUACUCCCUAAUACUUGUAUUCGCUAUUGUUAAACAUCGACAAGCAUGGAGUGUUGUAAUUAUUAGCGUCAAUCUGUUCCUUCUUGCUUUACAAAUAGUAGUCGCUGCGGUUGGCGUAUGGAAGGAGAAACCACGGUUACUCCAAACUCAUCUCAUAUUCCUCUGUCUGACAAUGAUAUGGGAUUUAUGUAUGACGACAGGAUUCUUCAUAUUGGCUGUUUAUCCAAAGGCUAAAGAUGACCAACUGAUCAAUUACAAAGGAGCGGACUUCAAUGCCCGUACAUUCGGAGUCGUGAUGGGAAGCUUAAUGGUGAUGUUCUUCAUAAUACGGAUAGUUUCGACGUGGAUUAUUUGGAAAUACUGGAACCUUCUGCACAAGCGAGAACGACGGAAUUCCGACGCACACUACUAUGCACUACCAACAAAAGUAUGA